AUGUCCAAGAGCCUGCCUGCUUCUAACUUACGGUUCACUCCCGAGCGGCUCGCAGGUUUCCCUGUUAUCCGUUCCAUAUCUCAUGUGGGCCCCUAUAUAUUUGUUUUGAAUAUGGAGCAACACGGGACGUGGGAUGAGACUGUCUGCGAAAGGGGUCCAUUUGGCGAAAAGCUCCCCGAGGGAGACGGCCCCCCCGUUCCGCUCCUUUCAUCUGCUGACCGUAACUCAAAUGAUGCAGACGUGGGGGCGAGCCAGUCCGUCGUCAACGGAGACAGGCUGAGCGACCAUGACUUCUGGGACGUGCAUACGCUUGAGAAUGACCACAAGACCUCUACUGCGCCGACCGGCCAACCGUACCAGAUUUCGGACUCUGAAGCAAGAGCAGGCACUGCCUGCAUCGGGGAAAGUGACUCCUCUUCCGGUGACGACAUGCCACCACAGUCGGCCCUCGCGCAUGAAGGUGACCGAAGAUCAGUCGGUGAAGAUGAUGAAAGAGAACAGGACAUGAAUGCCCACCAGGAGAAAAUAUUACAUGAAGUUCAGGCUUUAUCUCGUGACGCCAGCUCGCCUGAGUGUUCAGAGUCUUUCGACGAAGAGGGAGGGCGAAAUCAGGGUCCUCUGUUUGUUCUUACGCUCUCACCGUCUUCGGGACCCGCUUCACAAGUCAACAGCCCCGUUUUACGAAACUCGUCCCUCAACCCCGAAGGCGACUCCGGAGUUGUUGAUACUCCUCAGGCAGAAGAGCGCGCGAAUGAGCGUUGUGAUUCCACAUCAGAAGCUCUCGGCACAGUACGGCCCCCAACCGAGCCGCCUGUUUCCAACACACGUACUGGGUUCUAUCCUGUCCGUCCUACUUGCUCGCUGGCGACUCGCAGAGCGCAGGACUAUGCGGAGCCGGCUCUUUCACGUGAGACGCAGAAUGCGGAUGACGCAUACUCUGCUGCGCCGUCCGCUUCUUACGCCUCUGCAUCUGAGCCAGCUACGCAGCUUCCAGAAUGCCGCUGUCCCUCCUGUUUCGGCCAGCCGCUAGGUGAAGACAACAGGGACGUGUCCGCCGACUCAGGUGAUGGAACGUGGACAGUGGAUCUGAAACAGCAGCGAGGUGAGCGGCAGGAGCCGCUUACGCGUACAUCUGCUGUACCACCGUAUCUGCCUUCAGUUCUGCAAGCUCCUCCGCCAUGCAAUGCCUCCUCGCCGUCGGCGCAAAGACGUGAGUCGUGGGCCUCUUCUGCCAGUGACUGCCGAUUCGCCUCGCGCACUUUGACGCAGCCAGACAGGCAAGAUGCGAACUCGCUUGGCGACGCCCACGGCUUCCGCCCCUAUAUGGAGACAUCAUCCUGCCACACGACUCCCCAUGGCGUUUCGUCAUCUUCCGACGGCCGUGGCUCCCCCCGUCACCAACCCUCGACUGCGCAAGUCCCUCUCCCACUUCCCAGCCAACAGCCGUUCCACGGUGCGCCUUGCGCUCCCCCGCUGUCAUCAGGGGCGACUGUCUCUCCUUCGGUUUUUACGUCCUGCACAGCAGCAGAGUAUUGCUGCCCACGGCCUCUUUACCAGACUCAACCUGAGGGGGACCAGCCGCUGCCGUCGGGGGUUCGCUACGAUGCACAGAAACACGCGUACCGUGCGGUUGUCCGCACCCCAGAUGGGACGAUAAAAAACCGAAGCUUCUCGUGUAGGAAGUAUGGCUCGGCGCAGGCUCUGACACUCGCGGUUCAGGCUGUAACGUACUCAGUUCCAGCCCCUGAACCUCCGCCUGGGUACGCUUUGGCGACUCCGAGGCCCAUGCAUGCGCCCUGCAUGGCCGCUCGGCGACGCGGUUCGCGUGCGGCGUCCUCGCCCUACUCGUCGCCAUUCUAUCCUGUGUGUUCGUCGAGCGUGGGUAGCGGGGCGAACUCUCCCCCUGAACAUCUUUACGCCUCCCCCAGAGGCCUCGGCUUUUCUCACUGGCUGCAGAGGAACGAACACUACCACCGUGAAGUGUCGCGGAGCGGCUCAGCCAUGUUACCCUCGUCGGCUUCCUACUCUGCUUCUUCUCUGGCCCACCGGCCUUCGCCUCCGGAGACGACUUUUUUCGCUUCCCAAGAAAACGCAGGCUUCCACCGCUACCGCAGCAGCCAGUCGUUCUACUACGGCGAGGCCUCGGCGCCACGGUCGCCUCUCCGGCACUCUUCGACGUUCCCCCCGUUCGAUGGAAGCCCUCCCAAGACGUUUUCUGCUGCACCAGCAGGCGCCCAUGACGAGCGCCAGUUCCGUGGAGACGCGCGGCAGCUGACACACGACGCUGUGUUCCCUCUGUCGGCGGGCUGCAGUCCUUCUUCGAGCAGUCCUUCGUGUCGGUGUAGCGCUCCCUACUGCCCUGCUUGGCGCUUUGGCGCUGACGUGGCUUCAGCGCCGACAGGUCAGGACGAGUUUUUCUCCCCGCUGCAUUGCGGGCCCGUUCCCCCUUCACAUUCCGCGGCGCCGCAUUCCCCGUCGCCCGCACCUUCAGGCUGGUCCUACGCUCUGUCGCACGCGCCAGUCCCGCCGCUGCACAACAUGCAUCCCGCCGCAUCUCCACAGCUGAUCGAUCAAGCUGCAGGGGGCGGAGGCGAAUCUAGCGGACCUGCUGGCGGUGGCGCAUUCGUUGCGUGCCCACCAGGUGAGCCGCGAGAGCUUCAUGAGGUGCCCAGCUUCGCGGGCGCAGCCGCAACCGACCAGGCACACGAAGGGGGCCAUCCAGCAACUUCGGCGUCCCUUGAUGAGCCGAUGGGAAGAGAGCGAGCCUCCCCGUCGCUCGCGCAUUCCUCGUCUUUUCGUUCUGCACGUCCUCAGCUUUCGCAGCAGGAGUACGCGUGGGCGUCGUGGCCAUGGCAGGACAGGAGCAGCACCCUUCCGCAGGGGGACCGAAUCGAAUCGAGAGGAUGGGAGAGCAGCAUGGCGUCGUCUUCGCGCAUUCACGAAGACGGCUCUGACUACGUUCUACCGAGCCAGAGCGUGAGCACCCUCUGCGGCGAGGUACCACGCCUCUCUCAGAUCACAGGCGGCGCGGUGGUGCUUCUCGGCGGCAGCCACGCAGAGGCACGCUCGGCGUCGUCGUUCUCAACCGAGACGCAUUCAUGUUCGUGGACGCGGAGCGAAGGAACCGGCCCGACCGCGGACUUUGGCUCCGCCUCUUCAUCGAGUUCUUCUGUCACGACUCUGGCGUCCUCAGGCACACGCCACGCCCUCUGUUCGUCGUUCGCCUACUCUGCAGAGGCGACAGGCGCGUCGGCUGAGGGGGCCCAGGCCUUCUGGUGCGCGCACAGUGGAGACGCAAAAGAACCGGGGCCGUGCCGCGAAUACGCUUCAACUGCUGUGCAUGACGCGAUUUCUUUUUUAGGGGGAGAGGGGGACGCCGCUCUGCAUGCGAAGAUUGACGGCCCCCUCACACAGCCUCGCGCGGGAGAGGCCGGGGGACAGGCGCUCGACAAGAGCAUCCACUCUGCCGCUGCCUGGCGCUCAGCUGACUCACAGGGCUGUGACUCGCAGGAAGCGUCCCACACUUCGCCAACUGUAGACACGACGAGAGAGGACUCGCACUCGGCAGAGAGCUGGCAUGCAGCUUGCGCCGACAGAGAGAGCCCAUCUGCUUGGUUGAGGGCCAGCGCCGCGAAUGAGACGGAAGAUGACGCGACAGUCCCGCACAGCAGCGCGAGGGAUGCGCCACGGCCCGGAUCCCGGACACGCUUUUGCGCAGCGGCGGAGCAGCGUGCUUCUUCAUCUGCGCUCUCUAGCCCGUCCGCCCCUGUGCUCGAAUCUUCUUUACCUUUCAUCCAUCCGACGGACGAACCACCACUGCUCGGCCCCGCUCAAUCCACCGCGGCGCCGUGCGAGCGAGUCGGCCUCCCGCGUGUCACCAGCGACGAGGCACGGCCUGGCGGAUACCCCAACGAUUUGGAACGGUCGCCCGCCGACGCAAGUCGCUGGCCUUCGCCCUUCUCGGAGUCUGCCAUCGAUAGCUGCGCUCGACAGCGCGCGGCUCCUGCCCUGGCGCAACAGGCAGAUGCCGCGGCCCGCGUGCGUCCCCUCCCUCCAAGCUUAGCCUACGCGGCCGACUCGUCGCCAGUCUCCCGUGGCGCCGAGGCGUCGCCGCCUUCCACGACGAUCCCUGGAGCGCCGGCCGCUGCUGCAGACGUGAACGGAGUCGUCGCAAACGCAGAGCCCAACUCGACGGUUCCUCUGAGCCAAGGACGGCGUCAGGACAGGGAAUGCAAAAACGCUCUCGCCUUGUCUCCAGCGUCGCACGCGCGAACUUUGUAUCUUCCGUCACCGAGCGAACACCUGACACCGGGCUUGGCAACGCCCCCCUCUGCACGGAGACAGCUUGAGCCGCACCCUUCCUGCGUAGGGGUAGACGAAGAAAGGGCGCACGCGGGUAGCGGGGAAGGAGGCAGUGAAGAGCCGCGCCUCAGGAACGCCAGGCGACUUAGCACUGAGGCAGCGAAGAAGCGCGAGGGCGACAGCGAGGAGGGCGAAGAGGAAGCGCAGCGCAGACGCGAAAGAGGAACUCUGAGCCUCGACAACGAGACAGUAGAGCACCGACAUCCAGGUAGUCGUCACAAAGGGGCGGAAACUUUCGCAGGGGACGUCGGCUUUGCAUGUUCAUCCACUGAGAGGAUCGCACAGAAGGACUUCGGAGAACUCUGCGCACACAGACUAAAGGAACCGGUCUCUGCCUACAGAUGCAAAGGCGUGCUAGUAGGCGAACAGACUGGGACGCAGACGAGUCACGUGGAGGCCCCUGGAAGCGUUCGACAGAGUUCCACAGCACUGCAAGUGAAGACAUCGUUUCGGCUCCCUUCGCGUUCUUCUUCUGCAGCUCCUGCUGCAGCGCCGGCUGAGUGCGCGUCAGAUACAAACUUUGACUCCCCUGCGUUGUCACCUGCUUCUCCCUCUUCACCUACUACUACUAUGCGCUCUGCCGGCCUUGCGGCAGAUCGCGUGCCCUCUUCGCCCGUUUCGUAUUCCUUCUUCUCUCCCUGUCCGUCUCCCUCCGCUUCGGCAGCUGCUUCGCCCCAAUCGCCGGCGUCGCCGCCGUGCCCCAGAGACUCUCCCAACGAAGAGGGGCGUGGAGAGCUCUCCCCGCCUCUGAGCAGACUGCGCCACAGCCCCGUCGUGCCUUUCGCCGUGGCUGUCGGCGCGGCGGAGAUCCGCCCGUCGGCGCCGCCCGCUGCAUGCGCAGGGGGCGUGACCGAAGCUCGCGCAGCUCCCCACUCGAGCAGUCAUGACACAGCAGUAAAAACCGAGGGAAUUCAGGGGAAGCAAACGCGAGAUACACGCCAAGCAGCGGAAACCGUAGACGUUGGUGCGCGGCGAGACGGGGAGGAAGGACUGGAAAGCUGCAGGGCGGAGAAGACGACCGGAGACAGCGUGGGGACAGAGUCAGACAAAAGCUGCUGGAGAGAGGGAGAGGAGAUGGCGACCGCGAAUGCUAGGGUGCAGUCGGUACCCAAGACGACGAAGGCGGGCCUGAACGAGGAGGGGACUGCGGGCACUUUAGCUUUCUCGGGAAAGCGCUUCAGACACAUUUACACUCCAAUGGAUGCCGGAGGGGAGGACGAGGCGCGGAGCACGACCAGCGGCGACCAGGCAGCGGGCUGGGAGCGAGAGCUGAACUCUGCCUUGCACUGUGCGGGCCGCUGCGGAGGCAACGCCGUCCUUGAAUGUGCUUCGUUUUGCAGAGAGGAGGGUCAGGGAGACGCUGGAAGCGUUUCACUCGGAAAUCUCGGGGCUGGAGGGGAGGAAGACAUGGAAGAAAGCCAUGGGGACUCAGAGCAAGAGGACGCCUACCGUUUGGCAUCCUAUUCGAGUUUUUCCACUACAUGCUCUUCGAUUGGUCCUGUACCGGAAGCGGGUGACCCAUGUGUCUCGGUAGAGACGCGCUCAGUCUCGUCACCGUGUUUCCCCCUUUCCUCGCGCUCUGUGGCAUCGCGUGAAGCCUUCUCACCAUGCGAUUCAGGAUCGCCUGGUUCAGCACUUUCUUCGUUGUCCCUCUCGUCUGUGCUUUCGUCUCCUUCGCUGUCACCUGCCUCGCUGUUGCGAGUCUCUUCUCCUGAUCGAGCGUCUCUGUCAGUGCCCCCUUUGCCGUCGCGGGAGUCGCUCCCGCCUUCUUCGGGUCCGUCGUCAUCAAAUGUCUCGUCCUCUCCCGCCUUGGUCUCGCCGGAUUCGCUUGCGCAUCUUCCAUCCUACUCCACAACUUCGUCGUGUUCCGCCUCUCCGCCGCCUGCCUCAUCAGUGCUGCCAGCCCUCCUGGGCGCCUUCGAGGCCUCGCCGCGCCCGAGCGACUCCCAGCGGGCGAGGAAGCGAGCGGCCGUCCUGGGCCGCCUCUGCGGGGCGAAGGCACCACGCGACGCCGCAGGGAAACGAAGAAAAAUGCAGUCCCACCUCUUUUGCUCGCCCGCGGAGGACAACAAACGCAGCUGCUAUCGAGCUGCUUCGCACGACGUGGACUGCCUGGAAGCUCGCGGUUCAGCUCUACUGACUACGGAGCGAAGCGACGCAGACGCAAAACAGGCAACCACGGACGAAACCGGGGACAGCGACGCGUCGAAGGCGAGCGAUCGGGCCGUACUUAAGGGCGAAGAUGCGCAUGAGCGAAACGAAGACGAUGCACACGAAAUUGCAGACGAAACGGACCAAGAGAGCAUGGCGGACGAAGCGCCCGGAAGCGGGGGCGAAGCAGCGCAGAGUGCCUUGCACGAGGGCGACGUCGGGGAAGCGACGGACAUGCGAGACACCGAGAGCGAGGAGCGCAGCAGCAGUGUCUCUUUGCUGCCAGACUGCAGCUCGCUUUCUCCUCUAAGGCACGUUAACCGUGAGGGCGGCGAGGUUGCUCAGCGUAUUGUGCCAACGGCCGACUUAGCAGAAGCCAAAGGAGCCCGCCUGAUUCUCGCACCAGUGCGCAAAGCUGCAGGAUCCCCUCUUCUCCCAGACGCACUGUGUGGAACGGCCAGUGGUUCGCCUUUCUUCUCUUCACCUGUCCUCGCUGCCCUUCGCCGACCGCGGCCGCAGAAGCUCGCGCUCUUCGCCGCGUUUGUCGUGCGGACAGGCCACAGCCGCAGAGACAGCAAAUCCGCCGCACACACGCGGAACGAAGCUGCCAGCGCGGAUGCCACAGACGAUCGGCGACACGCAGCUGCGCAUGCCCCUGGGCGAGCCGGCGGCCGGCAAGACGCGAAAGCCGAAGCGGAAGAAGGAAAUGCAGGCGUCUGCCGCGCCGCAGAGAGCGCGAGAACAGAAGGAACCGAAGGUCGCGGAUCUCACCAGGGAGGUAAGACUCUGGGAAAGGACGCAGGAGAAGAUGACGCAGGGGAAGAGGCCAAAGAGGCGGAGAAGCGGUCUCCUCAGGCGACAGGCUGUUCGUCUGGCGCGUCCCGGCACGGAGAAGGCACGCGAAUGGACGAGAAGUCCCCAGGGGCGGAGUGGCGGUCAGGCAGGAGGGAACAAGGCGGAGGUCAAGCGCAAAUCGAGAGGGGGCCCGCGACAGGUAGACCUGGAGAGGAUGAAAGAGAUGGCACCCGCCGCGAACGACAUGAGAAAGAGAAAGCGAGGGACGCCGCGGAGCCAGACGAGAAGAAGCAAGCGUCAACUGCCUCGCAUCAGAAGAUGGAGGAGGCCGCAGAGAAAAGUGCUGGCGGGGAGAGAAGGAAGCGGCAGAGAACUCGGCAGACAUCUGAGAAGCCGGAGGGCGUCCUCGACCUGAAGAAAACGCGCGUGAGACGCAGUUCAGCAGGAGCGCGGCAGCGGUCGCGAGCCGCCAGCGCACGCGAGUCAGGGCCUCAAGAAACAGCCACCGAAGAGAAGAAUGAGAAUGGCGAAAAUCCAGUGACCUUGCAAAUCGAGACAGCAGGCGAAGGCGAGGCCGCUGGGGAGCCUGACGGUGGCAGGGAGACCGCGGAAGGAGAAACCCGCAUGCACAGAGAAGAAGCAGCCAAAGCAACUUCUCCGCGCAACUCGGCGGGGCCUGUCCGAGGGGCUCGCGGGCAGAAGAGCAGACGGGAGGCGAAAAGACAGAAGAGCGAGAAGCGAAGCGGAGAGGCAUGUGAGGUGACGGCGACGGCCCCCUCUCUGGAGGGUGAAGAUAAAGGUACAGAGGCCCUGGAUUCGCCUCAGAAAGAAGGACGAGCGGACUCGGCCGCUGGAAAAAAGGAGGCAAAAGACGCGGCCGAGGUGGCAGUCGUACCGGGGAGAAAAGCGGCUGCUACCCGCUGGCGAGCUUCAGGGAGUAGGGGCAGGCGGGCGAUGCGACAUGAGCCGCGCGGGGCCGCGGCUAGCGAGGACUCUAGCGGAGAAGUCGAAAAGUCUGUUAAAACGGAGACGAAAGAGCCGCACACUGAACGACCCCAGCGGAGAAGACGGUCGACCGGCUCUCAAGGCCUGCCGCGACAGAGGCGAAGCCGACGCGCCAGCCAGGGCGACGAAAGCUACUCCUCAUCCGUUUGGUUGGCUGCUUCGCCCGCCUCCGCUUCUUCAAUGCUCGCUCCUUCUCUCUUUCAUCCUCUGUCAGCGUGCGCCUCUCUCCCAGCUCUUUCUGCUGCAAUUUCGUUUCCGUCCUCGGCACACCUGCCGUCGGCCGAUUCGAAAACGCCGGCUGCUCAUGCGCGCACGGAGGGGGAAGGCGAGGAAGUCGAGCUGCGGCAGCACUCUCACAGAGCGUCCAGUGAUGCCCAAAGCGCUAGAGCCGUCUCGCAUGCAACGGGUACAGAGCUCUCUUCACGCGCCUUCGAGGACGCGAAGGCCGCGGAGGAGUCUGAAGCACAGCCGGGGGCAGCUGGGCAACAUCAGCAAGCGGACGCGCAGACCGUAGACGGCGAUCCAACCGACUUGAAGCGGCGCCCCGAGUCUGCACGUCAGGCGACCAGACAGCUAGACGGCGGAGACGACCGCGCCCAGCACAGAGCGCGUGGAGCGGAGGAGGGGACGCCGGCGGUGCAGAGCGGAGAAGAGCAGAUGGAGACGACGACAGCAGGAAAGACAGAGGACGCACAAGGCGACCAUGCACUGCGCGCGACGCGACCGAUCAGGGCCGCCCAUCACACAGAAGACGGGAGCGCAGUGGCAGAAGCAGAGAACCAGGCAAAGGAGACACACGAGGCAGGGAAACAGAGACCUGCCCUGGUUGCCCUGCUGCGUGCGAGGCGAGAGGAAGAGGAGCGAGAAGCGACAGAGGGCGGGCGAGGGAAGGAGCCUGGCAGCCGCAGGAGCCUCCGCCCGCGCCGCCUGAGUUGGAAGCUCUCUGAGGUCGCGGAGGUACCGUCGCCUGUCGCGUCGCCACGCGUCGUUUCUAGCCUCGAGGAGCUCCUUCUGCUGCCGGAGCGAGAGGAAGGCGAGCCAGUGGAGGACGGCAUCGUAGACGUGGGAGAUGCAGGACGCAGAGACGCAGAAGGCAGAGACGCAGAAGACAGAGCCGAUGCAGGGAAAGACGCCGAGAGAGGCGAGAGCGAGAUGCAGGCUCCGCCGCCCUCCAGGGGCCGCAACAAAGGAAGCUUCGCACGCGGCGGCUUCCACGGUGGCAAACGCAGACGAAGCAGCGGCAAAGUGCGCGACCCUGUCGCCACCGCAGCUUCGCCGUCGACUGCGUUUCGGUCGAAAAGGAAACGGAAUCCUCCGCGGCCUGGCCCAGGCCCGCAGACGAGGUGGGGGAGAGCUGCGGUCUCAGACGCGGGGUGCGGGGAGGAAGAGAGAAGUCUCCUCCUUCUCCCUCCGGAGGCAGCCUCACUGGCGCCUCCCGCGCCGGUACGGAUGGAGGCAGGGACUGCUCAGGCCGCAGAAAUAGAAGCCCGAAGCGGAGCCGUUCCGCCGGGAGUCCGAGAUGACGAGUCAGAGGCACCACAUGCGUCCACCGAUUUGGCGGGGCUGCUGGGCACUGCCGCAGCGGUUCCAUGCGUGCGCAUAGCUCUGAAGGAAGCCGAACAGCAGACCUGGGGUGGCGCUGCGUUCUACCGGCUGCACACGCCGCCCUCUCGAAGCGUCCCGUCAUUCUCUCCGUCUGUUUCCAACCUCCUUGUCUCUCCCCGGCUAACUUGUCGCGGGAGGCGAGCGAACGGAUUGCUGGCGACAGAGACUCCCCUGGAGCGCGAGGCGACCCCCACUUCGCCUCCGCCUUUCACCGCUGUCUUCUCUCCCGUGGACGGCGAGGCAGGCGAAGCGCGGGGCGGCGACGGACGGGGCGGAUCGCCGUGCUCUCAGGUCGGCCGACCGCUCAUCGGAGCCGCGGGCAUGCAGCACGCGCUCUCGCCUGCCUCAGGAGCUUCGUCCUCUCCUCUCUUCGAAACGCUGCCGCCGACGCUGCUUUCGAACGCGGCGGCAGAUCUUAGAGAGCAGCAAACCGCGUCUAUGCUUUCGGGACCCGGUCCGCGCUCGUGCUGGGCCCCGACGUUCCCGACAGACUUGCCAACUCCGCCAGCCUACCUGGAGAGACUAAGCCUAGCAGACAGAGGGCUCGCCACGCCGCCGACGCCGUCGACCUACCUUCUCGCGCCCGCGAGCCCCAGAGGGACUCGCAGGGACCCGACGCGCGAGCCGAUAGGAGGUCUGAUUACCCCGCCUUCGGUCUGUCUUCCUUCGCGGUCGCCGUCGGAGGGUCCGCCGUUUUUCCUUAGGCCCAAGUUCAGUCGGAAACGCCUUGCCGCGGCUCGACGAGAUGAAGAAGAGAGACGAGCGCAAGAUGUUGAACAGGUGCGCGAUGUUGAACAGGCGCGAGACGUUGAACAGGCGCGAGAUGUUGAACAGGCGCGAGAUGUUGAACAGGCGCGAGAUGUUGAACAGGCGAAAGAUGCUGAACCGCGGCGAGGCGCUGCAUCGCCGAGAGAGCCAAGAGGACGCGCGGCCCUCGAGGCCCGCACCCCGUCGCCUCGUGGCUACUCGGCUACUCCGCCUGCGUUUGCAUUUCCGUCAUUGGCUCGAUCUGGUUUCGCCGCGUCGUCUGGGGCUGCGAUGCCCGGCUUCGCGCCUUCUGUCGCGUCCCUUCCGGCAGCUUCCUCACUGACGCCGCAGCCGGCGCGCGUGUCCUCCCAAGCAGGAGGGCGGGGGGGAGGGUCGAUUCGGGCUGCGUUUCAGCUGCUGGGGAGGGAGCACAGCUCUGGCGCCGAGGCAGGCAGCUCGUCGCAAGCCUUGACGGCGGCGCUUCACCCUCUCGUGCCGUCGCCCAGCCGCCGGCGUCUGCGGCCAGUGCGUCUUCUGCGCGACAGCCCGGCGGCGAGUCCUGGCUACGGCUGCGGCCUCGGUCGGCACGGCGGGGGGGCGUCGUCUGCGUCGGUCUCUGGCGUCUUCUCGCCGGCGCAAAAGCUCCCGCCCCCGGGGCCUGCUGCAGGCGAGCUGUCGCCGUCCUUCAGGUCGGGCGGCUGGGGCGGGCUUUCGCCGGCCUGGUCUCAGCGCAGCUCCGACGAGCUGCCCAGCCGCAGCGUCGAGAGAAUGUUCCUGCCUCCCUCCAAGAUGCAAACGCCGCGGUCCUACCUCCCGAGCCCCGUCGAAUUCAACACCUUCUUCGGCGAGCCUGCAGACGGCAAGAGAGUGUGGCCGCCCAGCUCGCCGCCGGUCGCUGGCGUGCGACUCUGA